AUGACUGCCAAACAGAGCCAGGAGGAGGGUGACCUUUUCCCCAUCACCAAAGACCUGCCAGCCACUCCUUCGUCAGAUCACAUACCUACCGGCCCGAAGCGCAGCAUGACUCCUCGUGGACUUCUCUUUCCCAAUCUCGACGAAGCUCAUCGCAAAAUCACCUCCCGUCUAGGACCGAAUAAUCUUUUCAGCAAAUCGUCCGCCGAAGGGGAGUUUAGCUCGGACAUAGGCUUGCAGGAGCUUUGCAGCCCCACGUCAGUCGACGGACUUCUCAGUCAGGAAACACCAGAGGCUUCUGGGGCGCCAUGUCAACAUGUUUCUGAUCUUGUGUCACCCAUUCCAUUCCGCUCCAUGGCAGGCAGAUCUUUGACCGACCGGCAGAGUAUUGCACAGCUCUUCAGAAAGCGUACAGAUAAGGAUGUUGUCGCAACCACCAUCACAACCGUAAGUGACAACGGUGGCAAAGAUGUCCAACACCACAACAUUACUGACAGCACCGUUGGCCAUAUUGUUGACCAGUAUACUGCAAGCACCGAUGACCAGUCAUCGUCCGCCCAUGGCGGCUCGGAGCUUGCAUACACAUUUGAGCCGCUUAAUCGCACACAAGGAGCUGCUACUCGACAAGGAUUUCGUGGCGAGGAAGACCGCAUUGGGAGGAGGGUAAGCAGAAACGUCUGCCGUGAGACAAGCUCUCCCCCUCAGCUUCGAAUCUUGGGAAUUCCAAACGAAGCACAAAAAACUUCCGAAUUUAUCGGGUCCCGGUCGGAGAACGAAUUCGAAAACGAUUGCUUGAGUCAGUCAGAUCCGGAACGAUGUGCAUCCACUUUGGUCCAUCCAAGUCCAUCCCCUCGGGCGUCCAGUUUUGGGGCUCUAGAUGGCUUUGAUGCAGAAUGGUUGACGGAUAAUGAUUCUGUUCGCGUUAUGGGAGGUCGGCGAGAAGUCACUCAGAGCCUAGUACCCCAACCAUUACGAAUCCCAUCGAAUCGAAACAGAAAGGUCGCUGGAGAGUCCUCUUUAAACCCUUUUUGGAGCGAUUUCGACACGUCUUUGACAUCUGGAGCUGCAGAUGCUUCGAUUUCAUCUCACGAUGACCCCUUCAAGUAUGAUAAUGACCAUUACCAACGUAUGCGGCAGCUUGGAAAGGAGAGAGAGGUCAGCUGUGCGUUGAGACGUAUUAGUCUCUCAGGAACGCUUAGUGGAAUAUUGAGGACCAGUGACACAUGUCCUCAAAAGAUCUCGAAUGCGGAAUGUUUACCGCAGAAGACAUCUGACGAGCGACUACACCAUCUUGCAGAAGACCGGUGUCAAGAAGGAAGCUUCUUUGAUCCGGUUGCUUUUCGGGCUCUGCAUGGUGACAGCCCAUACAACCCCAAUACUGACAUCAGAGUGGUUAUCAAUAAGAGCUCAGAACUCACUCUCAACCAGAAAGUCGGUAAAUCUGAACGCAGCAAAUUCGGGCUGUCCAUAGAAAGAAGCCACCGCGACCCAGACCGGUCUCCCUACAGCCAGGUAGCCGAUGGGGACUGGGUCACUGAAGCGACAAGUGAAUCCGAUUGUGACGUUACCCCGGGCAAUGGUAGUCUCGGUCAGGGUAUCAAAGCAACUGGAAGCAGUAUUGCAGACUAUUCAGACGACGCUUACACAGAUGCUUUGCCAAGAUUUAGUUCGAGAGAGCGCAUUAUAGAGCACCCAUACGAUCCUGCUGAGUCCUAUGAGAUGCAAGAUCUAAAAAAUACGAAGCGACCGGCCUCUCCAAGAACAUACGUCUCGCGCUUCAAUGGAUUCGGACAAAAUAGCUCACGUUUCGACUCGACUCUCCCCAAACAAGUGAGCUCACAACCCGGCUUAUUCAAUCCUUUCCGCCGUGACUACAAACGAGCGGAGCCAAGCAGUUAUUUCACCUACAAACCGGACCACACUGCACGAGCCAAAUACGAGUUCCGUGAUUCAACAUCCACGUGUGCUCCUCCCGUCGAUAGCAGUCGAGCAGUUUGUGGGACUCAGAGUGCACUUCUGUCUACAUCAAUGGCCUCAAACAAUACUGCAGAACUACUGGAUGACAAUACAUAUCCUCUUUCUGUGCCAAGAGAGGUUGUCACAGAAACUCACAAGCACAAACGUGGACAUUUUCGUCACCCAGCUAUGCUUAAUAUUCCUAAAUCUCCCUACCAAAGUACACCAACAUCGCAGCACAGUGAGGGAUACCAGCCAUCUCCCAGGGUAGCGAAUACUUUCUCUGACGCUCCUACCUCUACAUCAUCGAAAUUCUCUUUCAGAUUGCUUGACCUCUCAGAAGCGCAGGAAAUGCAAAGAAUUCGACGCGCAAGCGAGGACACCAACAAGACUGAAUCGACAGUAAAAGGCAAGCGCUCUCUCAGCGAAGCAUUAUCCGCGCGUCCAGGAUUUACUCCUCUCCCUCUCCCUUCGGCUGCUUACAUGCGGAGAGGUCACCGUGUCCGGCAUGGUUCACAUCUAUCCUCAACUUUCACACCACCUUGGCAAACUGCUCAUGUCGAAGAUACUCCGGACUUGAGUGAGUGGACACCACUGGAUGCCUCCGCUUCGAGGUCUCUGACAAUGCCUCAUGGCACAGCUGCGGACACACCCACAGCAUCAAAGAGAAUUCCCUUUCAGCAGAACCGAUAUAACCGCCGUGGUGACCAUCUCAACUUUACAUUACCCAACGACAAACGAACUCGGCCUGGGCCAUCGGACAGAACACUACAUAGCAUCAUGAACAGAGAUAUCGAGGCCGUGCGUGCAGCGGAAGACCACUACGUCUCGUACAAAGCGAAGUCGCGACGACAGCUAUUCUUCUACGCGAUGCUUUGUCUUAGUAUCUUGCCUUUCUUCGCCAUAUUGGUACUCAAUGGAAACUUCGACAAUUCUCUGUCUUGGUUGACCCAGGGAGAGGUCUAUAAACUCACCAAGAAGCAGCGGAAGGUCAUCAAGAUAUUCUUUGUCGCAGAGAUCGUUGUUUACGCUUCCCUGGUUGCAGCAAUCAUUGCGUACUACGUCACCGCGAGCAAAGACCACCAUUGA